AUGGCCUCACUACAUCAGCUCUUCCUCCUGGCCGACCACCUCAAGCUUUCCUUGCUAGAACGACAACGAGCGGUAGCACUGAAGCUCGAGCCUACGAAACAAGAUACAUACAUCCAAACAUCAUUGAACAGCUUGAAAGGUGGCUUAAAUCAGCUGGAGGCACAAGACCAUGAUUCGACAACAGACGACUCGAAAGACCUCGCCAGGUUACGACAACAGUACAACGAUCUUCUAGCACAGUUUGAGGGCCACACAUCAAGAAAUGCGGCCGGACAACUCAAAGAGCCCAACGAUGAAAGCUUACGAGAAGACUUCCAAGCGGCACGGCAACGACCCUCACCCAACCAAAAACGACGAGGAAGCAAAAACGUCCGCUUCCACGACAAUACUUCCGAGGACGACGCAGAAGACAUAGCGAACCGCUCCGCACUCUUCGCAGCUGGCGAACAAGAUCGCUACCGCGACGAUCCAGAAGCACCACCGGACCAAUCUCAGCUCGAUAACCAACAGAUACACGCCUAUCAUUCACAAGUCAUAACCGAGCAAGACGAGCAGUUGGAUGUCCUAGGGCAGAGUGUGCGGCGGCAGCGGAUGCUAGGUAUAGAAAUGGGCAACGAGCUUGAAGGCCAGAACGAGAUGCUUGAUGAUGUCGAGAGGGGUGUGGACAGACAUACGAGUACUCUCGAGCGGGCGCGGAGACGGUUGGGGAACGUGGCGAGGAAGAGUAAGGAUAAUUGGAGUUGGGUGACCAUUGGGAUACUUAUCUGUAUUCUGGUGCUGCUCAUUGUUGUCUUGAAGUAG